CUGGUGACUUUACUCCAAGUUUAGCUAUUUCAGACGAAGCUAAACUAGCUUUCAUGACUAUAUUUACACAUAUUUCAAAAUGUUUGAAACCAAAAUUUUGAAGCAAAAGAAGGAUUUUUACUUGGAUAGCCUAUUCUGUUUGAAAAUAGGUCAGUCUAACAGUGGUUAGCUGUUAGCUAGCUAACGGUAGCAAGCAUAUACAGUAGGCAAAAGUUGUCAUUUGAACCAGUUCUUUGGCACAUUUAUUUUCUUUAUUGACAACCAGCAAGAAAUGGCAAUGCACAAGGGACAUGCUCAGAAAGGCAAAGCAAAAGGCACUAUAACCAAACCCUAUAUGGAGGACUUCAAUGAGAGUUUCAACAAUGAAAACCUGCCAGUAGUUGAGGCAGAAGCUUUGAGAGGAAGGAAACAUAUGUCAGAGCCAGAUGAUGAUAUUGACAUCACCAAAGGAGGGGAUAUGAUGACCAUGUUGGACAGAUUUGGAGCGGACAUCAACAAAGCCUUCCUGGCAAAACGCAAACGUUUGGAAACGCUCACUAAGUCCUCUGUGAAGACUAGCCAUCAGAAGAUUGAGCAGUUAUGGAGGGUCCAACAAAGUGACAGGAGUAAAGUGACAGAAGAUUACUGCACCCAGUUCAAUGCAGUCUUCAGUCAGUGGGACACAGAUGUGCAGAAGUCCAAGGAUAAUGAGGAGAAACUACUGAGUAUGUUCCAGCACCAGCAGAAGAUGUUUCAGCACAAGAGGGCCUCCCAGAGCCAGAGACUGAAGACUCUCAAGCAGCUGCUGGAAAAGUACAUCCAAAGCCUUGAUACGAUGGAGAAGACCCAUGUCAGCCAGCAGGGUGCUGCACAGGGCGAGCUGCGCCAGGAGAUGGCACUGUUUCAGAAAAAGAUUCUCAGUGACACGCAACAGCAAGAGAUGGCUACAGUGCGCAAGUCUCUGCAGACGAUGCUGAUGUAGGAUCUUCAGAAUGCAGGGAGCUGAGAAGAAUCAACUCCAUCGAAAUGCUUGUUGUGUGUACAUAUCUCUAAGCUGGGUUGCCUGUUCUACUUUAGUUUAUGGAUGUGUUUCAGAUAGAACUUUACAAUUUCCAGAUAAGUGUUAAACAUCUCAGGAACCACAUCUACCUGAUCCAGUAAUCUGCAAAUAACUGUUUUGAAAUCUUGUGUGUUGUGUACAUGUAACAUUGUAUUUCUGUUGUGAACUGCUUCAUUCAAAAGAUCGACAUUGUGUCAGCUGAGGGUUCCAGACUGAAAGUGUUGAAGUCAAAGAGGGAUGUCAUUCACUUAGAAAUUCUUAUUUCUGUCUUCAUAUUUUGGAGUUCUGGUUUCAUAUGUUUAAUCUACUUAAUUGAUCCCUGAUUGAGAGGGGGGUUAUGGAGAACAUAAGACUUCUCGUUACUAAAAUGUUGUCAGGAAUUAAGACCAUCUGUUAUUGUAAAUAUACACGGAGUGUACAAAACAUUAGGGAC